CCUACUCUGCUGCUCCUACGGCCCUUUAUCCUCUUCAUGGAGCUAUUCUCUUUACCCUCUGUCCUUUUCAUCUUCCUCAUCUCGCUUUACCUUUACUUCUUUUUUCUCAAACCAAUAUCCAAACAAACCACCAAAACAGGCUUCAAAAUCUACCCUGUAGUAGGAACUCUACCGGGAUUCCUCCUCAACCGCCACCAAUUUCUGGAUUGGAGCACUGAAAUCCUCUCCAAAUGCCCCUCCCACACAGCCGUCUUCCGCCGCCCCGGCGUCCGUGGAAUCACAACAGCCAACCCACGAGUUGUCGAACACAUGCUCAAAGCCAAGUUUGAGAACUACCCGAAAGGACCUCGAUUCAUUGGCCUUCUUGAAGACUUUCUUGGAAAAGGAAUAUUCAAUUCAGAUGGUGAAUUAUGGAAAGUUCAGAGGAAAACUGCUAGCUACGAGUUCAACACAAAAUCCCUCCGAAAUUUCGUUAUUGAAAACGUUAGAGUCGAGGUGCAAACUCGCUUAAUUCCAUUAUUCGAAGAUGCAGCCAAAGUUGAUAGAGUUUUGGAUUUGCAAGAUGUUUUGGAACGUUUUGCAUUUGAUAAUAUUUGCGAACUUGCAUUCAAUGUUGAUCCAGGAUGUCUAGGAGGGGAUGCAACCAGUGGCCGUGAGUUCAUGGAGGCUUUCGAGGAUGCUGCAACUCUUAGCUCAGGUAGAUUCAUGUAUGCUAUUCCAGCUUUUUAUCUAUUCAAGAAAUUCUUCAACAUAGGUUCAGAGAAAAGGUUGAAGAAAUCAAUUGAUACGGUCCAUGAGUUUGCUGAUAAGAUCAUAAAGUCCAGACUCGAAGAGCGAGUUGAGAGAAAAGAUGAAGAUCUGUUGUCAAGAUUUAUUGGGAAUUCUGAAAAUUCAGCUGAAUUUCUCAGGGACAUUAUUAUUAGUUUUAUUUUGGCUGGAAGGGAUACAACUUCAUCAGCUCUUAGUUGGUUCUUUUGGUUGCUAUCUACAAGGCCAAUAAUUGAGAGAAAAAUACUUCAAGAAUUGGAUUUGAUUCGAAAUCGGAGUCAUAAAAAAAUUGGUGAUGCCUAUGAUUUUGAUGAAUUAAGGGAAAUGCAUUAUCUUCAUGCAGCAUUAUCAGAGACUAUGAGGCUAUACCCUCCCGUGCCAAUUGAUACAAGGGCUUGUUUAGGAGAUGAUGUUUUGCCAGAAGGGACUUUUAUUGCAAAAAGUUGGUUUAUUAGCUACCAUACUUAUGCAAUGGGGAGAAUGGAAAGCAUUUGGGGAAAAGAUUGUUAUGAUUUCAAACCAGAAAGAUGGUUGGAAAAUGGAAUUUAUAAACAAGAAAAUCCAUUUAAGUUUCCAAUUUUUCAUGCUGGACCAAGAAUGUGUAUAGGAAAAGAUAUGGCUUAUAUUCAGAUGAAGUCUAUUGCAGCUUGUGUUUUGGAAAGAUUUGGGAUUGAUGCAGUACUGAAAGAUGGAAAAUGUCCUGAGCCUUUGUUAUCUUUGACCCUUAGGAUGAAAGGUGGAUUAUCAGUGAAGGUGAAAGAGAGAUGUUCGUGAACAAGAUUCUCUGUUUCCUUGAAAUUUCAUUAUUGAUGAACUGUUAUCCCAUGUAACCGGUGGUUGAUAAUUUACUAGUGACUUGUACUACUUUACAGCUUUAUGUUUGGUGAUGUCUUGUUUCUACUUGAACUUUUGUACAUAUGUAUGUAUACGCUUGGCUUUAUGAUAAAACUGCAUCUUCUUGGACGGAUU